UAUUAUGUCUCUUUCGUGUUGCUCUGUUAAAGGUACAUCGCUGUUGCACCCGGACUUAUGGAUCAACAAAUGUAUCAAGCGUCAUAGGCGAAAACGAGUAUCUUCUGACCAUGGCUCACAGCUUCACUCAGGAAUAUUUCCAGAUUCCUUCCGUUACCAGAGCUUACACUACAGCUUGCGUUUUGACUACAGCAGCGGUGGUAAGCGACUGACGAGUAGCAUCUAUUUUGCAGCAGGCUUGCAGUUAACAACGCAGACCGUGCACAGGAUGUUUUGGAGUAAUUGGUUAGAGAAAUAAUAUACAGAUACUCAAAGAUGGGAUAAAACAAAUCAAGGGACAUAACACAUUUUCACCAUACGUUAUUUAAAGGUAUACCAUAUUGAAACAGUGUAACUUCUGAUGAUGAGGAAUUCAUACAUUCAAUGUAUUACCUUUCUUUGGGUUUGUAGCAACUGGAGGUAAUCACCCCAUUUCAGCUUUAUUUCAACCCAGACCUGAUCAUUAGAAGAUACCAGGUAAGAGGAAACGUCUGUUAAUAAACACAAUGUAUUCCUCAUACUUAAUGGGAUAGUUCACACAAAUUACAAAAUGAUACAUUGGUUUCCUUACCCUGUAAAAAGUCUACACUCUUAGAAAAAAAGGUGCUAUCUAGAUCCUAAAAGUGUUCUUCGGCUGUCCCCAUAGGAUAACCCUUUGAAGAACCCAUUUUUGGUUCCAGGUACAACCCUUUUAGUUCCAGGUAGAACCCUAUUGGGUUCCAUGUAUAAAUCCCUUUCCACAGAGGGUUCGACAUGGAACCCAAAAGGGUUCUACCUGGAACAAAAAAGUUGAACCAAAAAGGGUUCUCUUAUGGAGACAGCCGAAGAACCCUUUUGGUACCCUUUUUUCUAAGAGUGUAUGGACAAGGUAUGACAGCAAUCUGUGUUUCCCUGUCGUAACUUGUCCAUAGACUGCUUACAGGAUAAGGAAACCAAUGUGUACUUUGGUAAUUUGGGUGAACUAUCCCUUUAAUAUUACUUGUGUUUUCCCUCUCUGUUUUGCAGAUAUGGCGUCUGAUCACCAACUUCCUCUUUUUCGGCUCACUUGGAUUCAGUUUUUUGUUCAACAUCAUCUUUCUGUAUCUUUCAUCUGGACAUUUCCAUGAGCAAGAACAACUAAAACUAGAUUAUUUGUUUUUACAGGGCAGUGUUUAUUUGGAGUUAUUGCGGUUCCUUUCCUUUACCAGACAAACAGGUAUCGGUAUUGCCGCAUGCUGGAGGAAGGGUCUUUCCGAGGCCGCACUGCAGAUUUCGUAUAUAUGUUCCUGUUUGGGGGUGUCCUCAUGACUGUAUCCUUUACAUUAGAACUGACACAAUGUAUCCAAUGCACCCAGGUAUUGAAGUAAAAAAAGGCAUCCAGCAGUUCCCUGUUCUGUCACAGCUGUAGCCAUACUGUGCAUUCCUGAAGAAUAAUAUAUUGUAGUCUCCAGUUGUUUUUCCAGUUAAUAACCUCCUUCUAUUGUGCAAUGGUCUAGGUACAAUUUUAUGAGUAUGUUUUUGAAUUGUGAUAGGCAGCAAAACAUUUUAUGGGUUGCCAUGUGUUUUGAGCAAAGACAAAUGACAUGUUUAUACACCUGGUAUAAUCUCAGGUUGGCAUAUUGCAGGUGUAUCUUAUGUUUAUACUGGUGUCUUUAACUUGAAGGUCUACACAGCUGUUUGGCCUAUUUGCCAACCUAUUCUUCCUGGGCCAGGCAUUCACCAUCAUGCUGGUGUAUGUGUGGAGUAGAAGGAAUCCUUACAUACGCAUGAACUUCUUCGGCCUUCUGAACUUCCAGGCACCAUUUCUGCCCUGGGUGCUCAUGGGAUUCUCAUUGCUGCUUGGCAAUUCCAUUGUUGUUGACCUUCUAGGUACAGUAUGUUAUCCGUCUCACAAAUACCCUGAUAUGGUAGUGAGGAACAAUAUAGGUUUUCCCCUACUUUAACCAAGCUGGCAGUCUACAGUGUUUAUCUCUAGUAUCUACAGAGCAUAGCCUAAAAUGUGUCCAGACAAACAAUAAUGAUGUGUCCCCCUGGACAUUAUGUGUUGUCAGUUCCUUUAUGUUUAACAGUCAUUGCCUGGCCUAUUUAUUUUGUGAUGUCAUUAACUGUAAAUGCUACUGGUUUGCUCCUCCACCUCAGGGAUCGGAGUAGGACACAUCUACUACUUUCUGGAGGAUGUGUUUCCAAACCAGCCUGGAGGCAGGAAGCUGCUGAUGACACCAGAACUUUUGUGAGUAUCAGUAUCACUAGUGUUGUUGACUAGUGACUCUGCCCUUUUCUCAAGUUUAAUUUUGGCUCUGGCCCUUCAGAGAGUACCCCUCAAAGUGUCUGAUGUUACAAAGCAAUGUCAGUUGACGCACAUUGCACACUUGUUUGUUGUUGUUGCAGUCGAACCAUGUUUGACACCCCAGAGGAAGACGCUGGCUACUUCCCUCUCCCUGAGGGGCAGGCUGGAGAGUUCUGGCAGGACCAAGGUGGAGACGGAGGGGAGCCCAAUGACCAGAGGCAGUAGCAUGGGGACCAUCUAACCCCAUAUAAACCCAAGAUAUACUCCCAGCCCCACCGAAGAAACCAGGAGCCAUCCAGCUGUGGAUAGAGAGGGUUUACUCCUCAGAGGGAUGUGGAUGAAGAGCGCAGGAACGUACCAUCUGUACAGUUCAGUGUGUCCACUGGGAGCCACUGUAGUGAGUUUUCAUGUUGCAGACUUCUCUUUCACAGAGUGUUGUAACUACAAAUAUCUAAUGCAAUCAUAGGCCAAUGAGCAUCGCAACCUUUCCAUCACCACAUGCAUUUCAGGCUGUGGUACUACUGGCACACAACCAUUUGCCAUUUCAAACAGCAUAACACCUUUUAAAUACAGGUGCAAACUAAAUUCUUGCCUCGUCUUUGUUAUGGACCUGCUGCUCGACUCAUUCAUAAAUCUGCCGACUAUCUGGAAUCCUGUUACCCAGGGAACCUGCACCGUCUGCACUUUCCAACUGUUGCCUUUGUGGGUGAAGCACUGCUGCCAAAUAGAAAUCACUUAGCCCACCACCACCAACUGGGUUGUGCCAGGUGUUGUAUGCGUGAACAAAGCAUGCAUAAAAGCCCAACAACUAUGUAAUAAGGCGGCAAACUUAUUUUUACUCCCUAAAUUAGUUUGAUAACCUUUCAUUUAAUUGUAUGGUCACUAUGAUUUAAUGCAAUUUACAAAGACAUAACACUUACCAAAAGCAAUCAAGAUCAUUUUACUUGUAUUUUUGUAAGAAUUAUUCAAAUGUACAAAAAGACAACAAAUACAACAUAACAGAAUAUAUUGUCUGAGUUUUCCUGUGUUUUUCACUCCUCUGUGGGUGGGUAGAAGAGUCAGUGGUCAAAGUGGGAACAGGUUCACCACACAGGGGAAGGGGGAGGGAGGGAGCACAUUAUAGGGAGUGUUUGUGGUGGAGCUUUGCUCAAAUAAACACAUUGUGGGGGUGGAGGGGAUGCAGGCUGAGUAGAGAGCUGAGGUGACCAGUGAAGAAGAGGACCUGCUCUGGUAAACAGGCUGAAGGAAUGCCUGUGUUAAUGCUGUUAGCAUAACAAGUCCCAACACUCUCGUACUUCAUCAAAUGGUCUACUGUCGGUCUUGUUGAAGGAGCAGGACAUUCCGCUUGCAUCAACUACCACGUGUUUGCCAGUCGUCUCAUGCGCCUGUAAUGCAAAUGUACAUGGAGAGUCAAUAUCAUUAACUGUAACAUUGUUAACACAAGAAACACAUUUUAUUGAAUGACCAGAAGCUGGGUGGAUAGUUCCUUUUACCAUACUUUGAAACAGGCAGCCCAAUUCUGAUCUUUUGUUCACUAAUUGGUCUCUUGACCAAUCAGAUCAGCGCUGAAAAACAGCUGAUCUGAUUGGUCGAAAGACCAUAGUGAAAAAAAUAAUAAUAAUUGGGCUGCCUGUGUGAAAGCAGGCUUUGGGUAAGAUAGACGGGUUUGCUGACAACUUCACAAAAACAAUGCGCACGCUUCAAUGGGGCAGAAAUCUGUGUGUUGUUGUGAUUCUGGUUGGCCAGAUAGCUAGCAACAAUGACAAGAAGCUGCCAUGUGGGGAAAAUUGGUGGUUAGUUUCAGCUAGUUUUAGCUUGUUCUUGAUACCAUGUCUUGUUUUGACUGGAUGUUAUGGUUAAAAUUUGCUAGAGCAAAUCAACAACUGUUUUGCCCCAUAGUUGCGUCUGUUUUGCCCCAUAGUUGCGCAGGCAUCGGUUUUGUUGCUAAACAACCAACCCAUCUAUAGAUCAUGAGGUAUAUUUUUAGGACAGUAGUCCAGUGAGGCACCACCCACCGAGUGUUUCUAUCCUGGUCCCUGAUCUUCUUCUCC